UCUCCGCCUGCAUCGGUGCGGCCGGCCGCGUCUGCCCGGAGCCCGAGGACUCACCGCGGGGCGCAGGGACGCGGGCGCCCGCUUUUUUGCGCGCUCGGAACCAGCUUCGGCGAGCCUCGGCCGGGCAGCGCGCGGCUCCCCGGCCGGCUGGUGGCCACCCGGGCUCGGGGCGGCCUCGGCGCGCGAGGGGCUGGAGCUGCGGGAGCCGCUUUCCGCCGGUGGGUCCCCGCGCGGCUGAGCCCGGGCCGCGCGCUCCUCGCCGGGCUGCUCCGAGCCACGGUGCUUUGGGGCUCCAAAGUCGGGCUGCCGGGGCAAGUGUCUUCAUGAACCCAGAGGAUGUCCGGGAAGCACUACAAGGGUCCUGAAGUCAGUUGUUGCAUCAAAUACUUCAUUUUUGGCUUCAAUGUCAUAUUUUGGUUCUUGGGAAUAGCGUUUCUUGGAAUUGGACUGUGGGCGUGGAAUGAAAAAGGAGUUCUGUCCAACAUCUCUUCCAUCACUGAUCUUGGUGGCUUUGACCCAGUGUGGCUCUUCCUCGUUGUGGGAGGAGUAAUGUUCAUUUUGGGAUUUGCAGGGUGCAUUGGAGCACUGCGGGAAAACACUUUCCUUCUCAAGUUUUUUUCUGUGUUCCUGGGAAUUAUUUUCUUCCUUGAGCUCACUGCUGGGGUUUUGGCAUUUGUUUUCAAAGACUGGAUCAAAGACCAGCUAUAUUUCUUUAUAAACAACAACAUCAGAGCAUACAGAGAUGACAUUGAUUUGCAAAACCUCAUAGACUUCACCCAGGAAUAUUGGCAGUGCUGUGGGGCUUUUGGAGCUGAUGAUUGGAACCUAAAUAUUUACUUCAAUUGCACAGAUUCCAAUGCAAGUCGAGAGCGAUGUGGCGUGCCAUUCUCCUGCUGUACUAAAGACCCCGCGGAAGAUGUCAUCAACACUCAGUGUGGCUAUGAUGCCAGGCAAAAACCAGAAGUUGACCAACAGAUUGUAAUCUACACGAAAGGCUGUGUACCGCAGUUUGAGAAGUGGCUACAGGAUAAUUUAACCAUCGUGGCUGGUAUUUUCAUAGGCAUUGCAUUGCUUCAGAUUUUUGGGAUAUGUCUGGCCCAGAAUUUGGUGAGUGACAUCGAAGCUGUCAGGGCGAGCUGGUAGAGCCCUUCGCCAGCUGCUUUGAGACACUGGACUGACCCAGCCUUCCUGACCCUCCGCCAGCCAGGCUGAGAGCCACGCUGCACUCCCACCUAAUGGAGCUGCCAAGAACUUGGUUUUUGUGGGGGGGAAAACUGAGAAAUGCUGCUCACUGAAAGAAUUAAAAAAAAGAAAGAAAAAAACCAGUAUGAAAGUCGUUGCGCCAUGAAUCUCUACUGUAGCCAUGAACUGAUGGAUGGAUGGAUGCUCACCAAAAAGAAAAAAAGGGGGAGGGAGGGCCCCAUGUGUACUUGAAUUUUGGAGAAUACAGUUCUGUCCUCCACCUCAGUAAGUGGCAGACUGGGAGAGGGAAUUUUACACUUCAUCACUUCUUGGAGGGACUGCCUUGUGUUCCGUGACCUAAAAUGGGUAUCUUUGGCUAAAAUUCAGCCCUUUACCUGGAGGGCAGUGGUGGUUUGGCCUCCUUCCAUGUACAUCUCAAGAAACUGUUGCAUCUCUCCUCUGAAGAAGAAGAACGCUUGCUCUUGGGUUCAGAUUUUAUGAUUGUGUUGAACAGGUCACGUAGGCAGGCACACGUGGUCUCUGAGAAGCGGUGUGUGUACCGAACAAGGGCAUUGGAGACUUCGUGAUGCCAUAUUUGAGCAGGACUGAUCUUUUUUCUAAGUAGUCUGAGCUUUACUUAUCAGUGACAUCCAAGGAGAAAAUGAGGUUAAUGAGAGGAAUUAAAUACCCCCCCGCCCCCACCAAUUAGUGUCUGGAUUCUUUGGAAACUCUGGAGUACUCUGGGUUGUGUUUUGUUUUGUUUGUUUUUUGUCUCCGAAUGGUGAAGGCUAUGAUACAGUCCCUCUUAAAUUUUGAAGUGUUUUCUUACUCAGUUCGAAUAUUAAUUUUUUGUAGAAUCUUAACCUGCAUGACCUAUGAAUUAGAAUACACCAUCUCCCUCUCCCUGCCAUCUUUCCUACAGGCGUUUAGAAAUGUUGGUCAGCAACAUUUAUUCAUAGGUCCAUGGCCUUGGGAGAUUGUAGCAUGGAGUCCCAGCCUGACUGGGAAGAGACUGACUGUGCCAUCGCAAAUGCUCCCAUGGGCUUGACUGUCUCUUCCAGUGUCAAGCUUGGUGGCUUUUUCUACACCUUCCUCUUCUUUCUAUUUGAAUGGAGUUG